AUUAGUCACUGACUCCUGUCAAAUUGUCAAUGUGACAUAAACAUAACCUGUACGUCUUUAAACUUUUUUGUAUAAUAAAUAAGUAAAUAUGUCUAAAUCUACUGCAUUCAUUAACUUAAUAAUAAAAAGAAAUAUUUCACUUACCACACCCCGUGAAGGAAAACGCAAUUUCCGAAAAUUUGUAAUACCUAAUAAAAGAGGCAGCAGAUUGCAUAAACAGAACCAAGCUGGUCCAAAUCCUGAACUGGAGAUCGACAAACGGGGCGUCCGUGAUGUAGGAUAUGUGUUAAACGGGCGCUUCGUCUCUGUACCAGAAAUGAUACCCGAGCUUAUUGUUCCUGAUUUGAAGGACUGCGAACUGAAACCCUAUGUCUCAUACAAAGCAGAAGAUGUUAUCCAAAGCGAGUUUACCGCGCAACAACUAUUUGAUGCUGUGUAUAGCAAAAAAAUUGUAACGGACUUUAAAGAAAAUAAGUUAUCUGAAGAAGGGUUACCCCUAGAACCAUCUGAGGAAGAAAAAUUGCAACCAGAAGAAGCCAUACAAAGAGCUAAACGAACAGGCUCGGAUAUAUUUUAGGUGUACUCCAUAAUAUUAUAGUUUUAGCAUGUAGUUUAAUUGUAUAUAACAAUAAAUAAAUUGUAAACACAAA